AUGCCUAAGCCUGAUUCGGCCCGGCUUCUGGCUCUGGCAGGUCUUUGCCGGCGACUGGUCCUGCAGAGAUUCUUCAAGGAAUGGUUGAAGAUCAAUCUCACGACCCUAGCUCUCGCGCUCAGUAUCUUCGGUGCAGCUUCAGCAGGCAUCGGCCAGAUCCAGGACCUGGGCCGCCGAAUCUGGAACUCGAUCGCGAAGUUCUUCGUGUCGUCCAUCUCGGUCUCUGGCGACGACAAGCUCAAUCAGGAGAUCAUCCAUUGGCUCGGGCACCACGUCCUACCUCGCCAGGAACUCCGGUCAUUGACGGCCCAAACCGAGAGCUUGAGCUACUACGGUUCUUAUCAGAUCCUGGCAAUGAGAGAGCUCGGUGGCGAUCAUCGAAAAGACCGAGAACCCAUUCACUACAUGCCCUCCUUCGGCAUCACAUGGUUCUUCCACGGUGGUAAUCUCUUCAUGGUUCGGAGACUCGACGGAGACGGAACCUCCAAGGCCCCGCAUGCCUUCAAAGGUGCCCCCAAAGAAACUGAGCAUCUUGUGGUCAUGUGCCUAGGGCGAUCUGUUGCACCCAUCAAGCGCUUUUUUGAUACGUGCCAGCAAUUCGUCGACAGCCAGAGAGAGUCGUUUGUCAAAGUUCGCGUGCCCAACCCCAGCUCCUACAAUCCUAAAUGGCGUGGGGUCCUCUUGCGCCCAAUAUGGCCUCUCGAAACCGUCCACUUCGACCCGGCCGUCAAGGAAGAACUGGUAGAAGACAUCGCCCGAUACUGCAAUGAAGAAACACGACGAUACUACCGGCUGCGCGGUAUUCCCUACCGCAGAGGCUACUUGCUACAUGGACCACCCGGAACUGGUAAGACGUCUCUCUCGCUUGCACUGGCUGGACAUUUCGAACUCGACCUCUACCUCCUCCAUCUACCAACGGUAUCGGGUGAUGACAACCUGGGGAUACUCUUUCAACGUCUGCCCGAUCGCUGCAUGGUCGUCAUUGAAGACAUCGACGCGGUAGGCAUAAAGAGAAAGCCGGGAGAAAAGAAAGAGUACCAAUACGGCUGUACGCUGUCAGGUCUCCUCAAUGUGCUCGACGGAGUUGCAUCAUCAGAAGGGCGAGUAGUGUUCAUGACGUCAAAUCACCCCGAAAACUUAGACGAGGCGCUGAUACGGCCGGGACGGAUCGACCGCAUUAUCUAUAUGGGCAAGAUAGGCCAACCGUCCGCCAAGGAAAUGUUCCUGCGAAUGUACGCGUCAGACGAGAAGGACAAGGCCCCAGUCCCAGGUCUCGAGAAGGAGAGACUCGAGUUUCUGCUCCAGGGCUACCUGCUCGGCCACCGCGACGCACCCGGCGUCGCGGCCGAAGGGAUCGCAGAGUGGGCGGUGAGGGAGCAGGAGAGAGAAGAACAGCAGCGCAAGGAGGAAGAAAAGGCCAAGGCAAAGGCGGAGCUUGAAGCCGAAGAGAAAGAGGCCGAGAAGGAGAAGAAAAAAGCUUACAAGAAGUCUGAGGAGGACGCUGACAAGGGUGGCAGCAGAUGCUGCUGUGUAUGUCCCUGCUUUGCUUUGCGGGCCAAGCUUCAUCCUGAAGAGACCAGCGCUACAAAGAGGGAGAGCAUUCGAGCGGUAGACGAAGACAACACCACAGCCGACGCCGAAACCCAGGAACCCAAGGACAAUACCGAAGCCCGCACCGGUGAGCCGGAAGCCAAUGACAGCACCGAAGAGAAGCCUGCUGAGCCGGAGGAGGUUGUUGAGGUCGCUAUUCCUUCCGACGCAUAA